AUUGCCGUAAAAAUAGAUUUAAUCAAACGUUAGAAAGACUUUGUUAUUGUUUUCUUUCUUCGUCAUUAAAGCGUUUGAUGAAAUGGUCAACGAAAUCGGUGAUGAAUUUCUUAAAAGGAAAAGACAUGAUAACAACUUGUGUGAGACUGAGAGGAAGGAUAUGAUCAUAUAUGCUUCUGUUCGACGAUGGUUAAUUACUUAAGCAGAUACAAAUGAAUGACAGAGUUGACUCAACGAUGUAAAUUACUGAUGCGAAUAAGAUGAAUUUUUUCAAGAUUCUUUUCAGUUUUAGACCUAGAAAUGUUUUUACAACAGGCUGGGGAAGAAGACCCUUUGUACCUUCUGGCAUGCGAUACAAAUAUACGAAGGCAUAUGUAUGGGUGUUGUUAGCGUGUGUUGUUUUAUUUUUGAUAACCCUAAUAGUUUGCAAAGGUCAAUCCAGCGAUGUCGUAGAGAAUGUCAAAGAGAGCUUGGCCACAGAAACUACCUCCUUGAACAUAGAACAGUGGCUCAUGAAGCAGGAUCAAAAUUACUUGAAGGAUACCUUUGCAAAAGCAGGAAUUCUGGAAAAACAGCUAGAUUCACUGAAUCUAAAGGAUGUAGACGAUGUCCUAGAUGUACCCGAGGCAACAAAACAUAACCUGAAAAAUUUCAUUACACAAGCUAAACAAGCCAGAGAUGCAGAAAAACUUAUUGUGUGGCUGAAAGACCAAAGACUGCACAUAGACCUUAUCCAUAGGUUGACAGCACUAGGAGUAACUGACUUCAGUAAGUUAGCCAAAAUAUCAGAUGCUGAGAUUUCGCACAUUGGUGGUACAUGCAGCGUAGAGGAACUCCAGCAUCUCAAGCAAUUGGUGAAGACUGCACAAGGUCUGAAGGGCAACUUCAAUGUCAGUAGCUGGUCUGGAUGGUCAUGGAUUCUCUUCACUAUCAAGAUAGUUCUAACACUUGCAGUGGGAACGGGAGUUCUAAUAGUCGUGGUAGUCAUGGACUGUAUUCGGAGUUUUGCCCUGGAUCUGAGGGGCAUCCGUGUGCCCGGAACUGGCACAUUAAACUCUGCAAUGUCAACCCCUUCACCAGCAGGAGAUGGGAAGAACUGGCUGUGGAAGUUGUUCUUUAGUAACUCGGCCCUCUCUCUAGCUUCACAGUUUUGUGUGGUCAAGUGGCACUGGGAGGAACCGCAGGUUGUGGGGAACACCAUGUCCUUUACUGUCAAGUUGUACAGGAAAAAUGGAAAACCAUACUUAGCAACUUCUACAAACUCUGUUAGUGUUGUCAUACAGUUGAAGAAUGAACAAGUUGCUUGUACCAAGCAACUCGAUACAGAAGAUACUGAUCAAAACGCGAUAAAGACUUCCUUCACUGUCCACAAAUCAGGGUCCUACAAAAUCUCUAUCAUGGUAUCUGGAAGGCAUGUCAAAGGCAGUCCUUUUACCAAGACAUUUGAGCCUGGUCCUAUAGAUGCUGGGAAGUCAGGUUUCACCAAUUACUGUUCCACAAUUGUAUGCAGUGCUGGAACACCUUAUCCCCUCACCAUAGAAACCCAGGACCCAUUUGGCAAUCCUGCUGUGUACAAAGCUGAUCAGAAUAAUUAUUUCAAAAUUAAAGUGAUAGAGACAGAGAGCAGCACUAGAUACUUUCCAGCCACCCAGCUGAUUUACAAUCCAGACAAGAAACAUCUUACGAUGCAUAUUAGGAUGGAGCAAGAGGGCCAUUACCAAGCCACUGUUAGUUAUGGCGAUACCAAACUGAAAAAUGGCGAAUUCAGCAUUCUAGUUAUAAAUGACGAUGAUAUGACUCAUGUGAACAAAAACUUGUCCAAAAAGCAGCGUAAUAUCUGGUAUGAGGCCCGUCUUCUAGCCGGUAGUGGUGACAGUGCAGAGAAGGCCAAGAAAGUCUACGUUUACAUAUCACCAAAGCAAUUGACACUAAAAGAAUAUUAUCUGAAAGUUAUUGGGAAAAAAUUAUACACCUGGAGAGUGUGCCCAGGCACUAAGUUUUAUUUUAAUGGCUACAACUCCCGAUAUGAUGCCCCAGUUAUGACGAUAUACGAUUGUUCACAGCCCCAUGUAACGCUUGCAGCUAAAGAUAGAAAUAUCAUCGCAGCUACCUUCACCUCAUUUAUGCAAAGAAAUAUAGGUGGAUCCGAGACAUUCCAGGACAAGCAGACUUACUUCUGUCAGGAACUCAGAAAAUUUCAAAAGAGUUCGACCUCGAUUCUGAAAAUAGAUAGAUCCCAACUGUUAUACAGUUCGUAUAGAGCCACAAAGAGCUUUGAUGCUGGGGAUUGGUUCAAAUCUUUCCAAAUUUGCUUCACAGGAGAACAGGGACUAGAUUGGGGUGGAUUAAGAAGAGAAUGGUUUGAACUGCUGUGUAGAGAGUUGUUCGAUCCAGCCAACUCUGAUUUUUUUCAUCGGUUCGCAAGUGAUACACAGGCCCUAGUGCAUCCAAAUGGAAAAAGAAUUGCAACUUCCAAACUGAAAUACUAUGAAUUUGCGGGUAAAAUAGUUGGGAAGUGUUUAUAUGACUCCGCUAGAGGUAGUGGAUACAGGCAGCUAGUGAAAGCUAAAUUCUCCAGGUCAUUUUUGGCCCAGUUGAUUGGAUUACAAGUGAAUUACAAGUAUUUUGAAAUGGAUGACCCAGAACUUUACAAAACCAAGGUGAAGUACAUUCUUGAGAACGACAUUGAAGACAUGGACUUGACCUUUACAGAGGAAGAGUAUUCAUCUGAAGGUCAUCUUAUGAAGGUUGUGGAUCUGAUACCUAAUGGAUCUAAGAUGUCAGUAACCAACGACAACAAACUUCACUAUUUGAAUUCCUUAGCCCAGUACCGACUGGUCAGCUCCUGUCGAGAAGAAGUAGAGGCCUUCCUUAGGGGACUCAAUCUGCUGAUACCAGACAAUUUGCUCAGUAUAUUUGAUGAGAAUGAAUUGGAGCUGUUGAUGUGUGGAACUGGGAAAUAUAGUGUAACAGAUUUCAAAGCUCAUGCUGUGAUAGAUGGAACCUCAUACUCAUUUUUCAAGGUGUUGGACUGGUUUUGGACAGUAGUUGACAGCUUCACAGAAGAACAAAUGGCUCGUUUGCUCCAGUUCACUACCGGAUGUUCUCAGCUUCCUGCAGGAGGAUUUGCUGACCUCAAUCCUAAAUUCAUGAUUUCAUUCUCUCCCACCUACAAUACACUGCCCACAGCACACACAUGUUUUAACCAGCUGUGUUUACCAGAUUAUGACUCCAUGGAGAACCUGCACAGAUCAAUUCUUAUUGCUAUCAAUGAGGGAUUCCAGGGCUUUGGUCUCGUAUGACAACCAUACAAAUACAUUAGCCCAGUUCUCAAUAUCAUGGUAGCUAACCAAGGAGGUGGACGUGCAAUUCUGGUCAUAAUAUUCACAUAUCUGCAUUCAAGGUCGUAGUUUCUAAUCGAGCCCCUAGGUGGUAGCUAUCUAGCUUAUUGAACAUAUUAGGUCUGUAGAUUUAUGGAACAACUACACUGUUCACAACAAUUAGUUAAAAUCAUAAAGUUAAUCAAAGAAGUACUUGCAGUUGAUAUGACCAUUUUCUUUAUCAAAAUUUAAAAUUGAGAACUUAAGAAUGUGUUUUGAAAAAGCAAAUAAGAAGGCAUUAAAUAAGUGACUCUGUUAUGAUGUCAUAAGUUAAAUAUGAGUUUUAGAAAAUUAUAUAUUUUCUUUUUUCUUUUUGUUACUGUAAAUAUAAUUUCACAGAUUAUAAUUUUUGGUUUGGUCCGCAGGUAUGAAAUUCCGCUAAGUUGUAUGUCGCUUACAUGAACUUACAAACUUUAAGUCCGCUGAUAUGAAAUGGAUUUUUUAUGGCUUUGGACUUCACGGAAGUAAAUACCACACAUAAAAAUGUACUUUUACAGUAUUUUAUGUAACCAUGGACUUAGCAGAAAUAGUUUCUGCAUGUGAAAAUGUACAUUUACAGUCAUUGAAAAAAAAGUGAAAUGUUUAUUUGAAGGUUUUCCUUUUAAAUUAGAUCAGAAAACAUAUAUAUAUAUAUAUAUAUAUAUAUAUAUAUAUAUAUAUAUAUAUAUAAAAGCACGAAAACCCAACAACACCCUACUUUCUUAAAGUGUCGGAUCUAAGAAGAUACAAGGCCAGUAAAGAAAUUUUUAAAUAACCAACAGUGUCAUGGCCUUUUCAGUGCAUUUAUAUAUAUAUAUAUGUAUAAAAUCUUUGACAUGUGAUACAUACAUGUAUAUUGUGUGGAUUUUUCUUAAAACUACUUUUAUGGGGUCAAAAAUUAGAAUUUUAUCUCAUAUAGUGUUCAAAUGAAAAUAUUUAUAAUUCCAAAUAAUGUUAAAUAAUUGAGAAAUCUAAUGAACUAUGCAAAAUAGAAACAAAUAUUGUUAUCUUAGAUUUGAUAGUUUAUGCUAACUCUACCACCGAGAUGCUUUUAAAGUGUAUUGUGCAAGAUCAAACUCUAGUAGCUGCUUAUGAUCUUGAACGUGACCCUGGUUUCACCAGCUACAAAUGUGGGCAAACACCAGACAUUUCAAUGCAAUUGUACAGAGUUUGUUUGGGACAUUGUAUACAUAUUUUUUCAGUGAUCUUUAUUGUUUUGACACAAAUAAUGCACUUUUUACAAAUUUACUAUAUUUUUAUUGUGUAGUUCACACUAUAUACAAAUCCUAUAUUUUAGGCCCUGGUCAUUCUGAUUUAAAUUCUUCACAUGUAUACGCCCAUCUUAGCUGUACGGUAUUAUGGUAUACAUCCAUCCGUCUGUCAACUUUUUUCUGUCUGGCUCAUUAAUACUAUGAGAACUAGAAUCAUCAAACUUUGUCAGCUGAUGCAUACUGGGUAGGUGUGUCACAUGAAGUUAGAUCAUUGUGACCUUUGGGAUUAAGAUGAUAUAGCCAAAUAUAGGAAAACCCUGUCCUGUUAUUAACUUGACAGUUAUUUGGCCUAGAAUCAUCAAACCUGGUCAGUUCAUGCAUCUUAGGUGGAAGGUGUUUCACACCCUACAUUAAGGUCACGGUGACCUUUAAUUGAGGCUCUGUAUGUUAUAAAACUUUUUGGUCUCAUGUAGAUUUGAGUCCUAGAAUCAACAAACUUUGUCAAUUGGUGCAUCUGUAGAAAAAAUUAUGUAAAGUGCAGCAAAAAAUAAGGUCAUUAAAACUUUUGAAUGACCAAGUAUUAAGAUAAUAUAUUUUAAGGGAAUUAAUCCCUAUUAUGCAGUAACCUCAUCAUCAUCAUCGGCAUUUUGAUUAACGUGCAGGAUUAGAUGCAUCUUCCACAGCAGUGGGCUCCCUUCCAGAUAACGCAUGGCAGACCUAACAUUUGACUUCCAGGCAUCUCUGUCCAAUGGGUUGACAUCACGAAGUCCCCACUCACGCUGGUCUUUUUCUAGCUGUGCUUUCCAGGUCAUCUUUGGUCUCCCUGGUUGUCGUCCUCCCUCUUUUUUCAUAUUAAAGACAUUGAUUGCCCCACCGGAUCUAGCAACGUGCCCAAACCAGCGUAGCCUCUUCUCCCGCAGGAUAGCGUCGAGGUCAUUGAUCCCAAGUCGUCCAGUAGCUCGCUUGAUCUGACACUAGCCAUGUUUUCUGGCUUUACCCUGCAAAUCUGUCUGACCAUGGCUCUGUCAUUUCGUCGUAGGCGAAGGAGGUCUGGUUUUGGCAAGGGCCACCUACUAAACCUACUAAAAAUAAUAUUACAUCAAGAAAUAGACAUUUCUUCAUAAAAUAUAGCUAUAUAGAUAUAACAAUUAAUAGAAAUAAAUAAAUUUUACCAACAAUAACGACAUAAAUAUGCAAUAUUGUAUUACAAAAUGCAUAUUUAUCCCAUGGGGAUAUGAACUAAGCUGUCGUGUUUCAAGGAGUUCAGUUGGACUUGUAAAGAUCAUUUUAAUAAGAGCUAAAUUACAUUUGUCAAGUUAAAGAUUAAUUAAUGAAUACAAUGUAAGAAGGCUGUACAGCUGAUCUGUCACAUCUUUUGUUAGAGGCCCUUUGUACAACCCAAAAUUGUUAAUUAAUUCAUUACCAUAUGAAAGAAAUUUGAAUACAUGUAAUAAACUUAAGAUAAUUGUUUUAAAAUAUCAUUUCUGUAGUUAUUGAAGAAUUCAAGAGGUACAUCAUGCAUAUGGACAAGUUAGUUGUUGUAUCUUGUAUAAUUUUGUCCCAUGCACACUCAUCUGUUUAUGAUGAAUAAACAUUCGUUCAGAUGAAUAAACAUUCGUUCAGAAGAAUAAACAUUCGUUCAGUCCUAUCAUGUGCCGUGGCAAUGCACUUUAUUUUCACAAUACUUUAGACAACAGUUUGAUUUUUUCUUGUAUACUGUAGAUUUCUUACACAUGUAUAAUGCAUUAUUCUCUAUUUAUCUCUCUAUCCAUAUAAUUCUCUUCAAUUUAACUCAUAAAAACAAAUAAGAAAAUGUCAAUGUAGAAUCCAAUUCUGACUUCGAUAUCACCGACACACUUGGAGUACAGGAAUGUUUCCGAACAAUACAGACACAUGCUCGGUUCACUUAGAAUAUAUGUAUUGCCUGACAAUUUUAAAUCAACUUAUAUAUUUUUAUUAAGCACAGGGCAUAUAAGGAGUCUUAAUUGUCACUCCCAUGGCUGCAUCUCUAUUGUUUUUAAUUUAUGAUUUAUGAAUACAUUGUAUUAGGAAGAAAAAGUUGGAUUUUUUUAAUGAUUCAGAUGCUUUAAUGCUAAUAAUACUUUUAGCGUGCUGUCUAAUUUUGUUCUCAGAUUCUUUUAGAAACUGUUAAUCCACUCAUGUAAAGGUGUUGUCUAAUAGGUUUAUACAUGUAUUUUUUAUGAAUGUGGUUCAGAUCUUUCAUGAACAAGCCAUCCUUGACUACCACAGGAAGGGCUAAAAUAACAAAACAAGGAUACUUGUUUGGUAACAAUGCAAUCUCAAAUCAAAGUUGAGGCUCUCUUGGGAUUAAUGUUGUUAAUUAUCAAGAACUGUCACCAAAAAACAAGCCACACACACACACAAACAAACAAACCCAAACUCUCAAUCAAAAAUGGCAAAAAUAGGCACUAUCUUGAGAAAGAAUGUAUGUAUGCCUAUCCUAUCAAACAACUUGAUUUUAAAGCAUUGCUGUUUAAGAAUUCUGUUGUCUGGUCUCGUGUUAUAUGCAGGGUUUUAAUAUUGUUUGUUGUUUUAUAUUCUAUGUUGAUUGGUCCACACAAUUUGUGUCCCUAUAUUGUUUUUGUAAAUGCUUGUUCCCAUCAUCUCUGUGUAUGAUUUUAUAUAAUUGAUUUAUACAUUGAUAUUUUAUGAUAUAUAUGAGUUAGUAAGAUACUGAACUGAUAUUAAAAUAAUUAUAAAGACAUAAUAAA